AUGUCGGAUCAAAAGACAUCACAUUCACAUCCUAUAAUCCACUCAUCAACACCUAUUCCUAAUGAUCAAUCAUUGAUUUCAAAACUCACAUUUUAUGCUGUUAGACGUCAUCAUUCAGCACCACAACAAGAUUGCCGUUGGCAGCAGGCUAAACGAAAAGCUAUAGCUAUGCAAAUGUAUGAUACAGAAAAAUCUUAUGUUGAAGCACUCAAAAAUCUUGUUACAAAAUAUUAUUUACCAAUGAAAGAUAAAGCAGUUAUUUCUAAUGAUCUUGUUAAUGAGGUUUUUUAUAAAAUACCUGAAAUUCAUAUUCAUCAUACGGCAUUUCUUAUAUCACUUUCACAAAAAUUAUCUCAAUGGGAUAAUAAACAAACUGUUGCUGAUCUUCUAUUACAAAUGUUUACUCGAACAUUAGUCAUUGAAACUUAUACAAGUUUUGUUAAGAAUUAUAAAACAGGCCAAAUAGCUAUUCGUCUUUGUCGUGAUUCAUCAUCAUUUAAUAAAUUUCUUGAACAUCAAGUACGUAAUCAUCGUGGUAAAUUAACAUUAAGAGAUUUAAUAAUUCAACCGGUGCAACGUAUUCCAAGAUAUGAAUUAUAUAUAAAAGAUUUUCUAAAAUGUACAAAUUUAAAUCAUCCUGGUUAUCAAUUAUUGCUUAAAGCACAAUCAGAAAUCCAUUCAUUAGCUGAACAAAUUGAUCAAGUACAAAAAGAUGUUGGCUCAACUGAAUUAACUGUUACAAAUAAUUCAUUAGAAGCUGUUCAAGAUAUUAUUGAAAAUUUAACUGAUUUAGUCAGUGCUGAUCGUUAUUAUAUUCGUCAUGAUGUUGUUACAUUUCAAUCACCAUCAGGAUUUAAAAAAGAUAGAUAUAUCUUUUUACUUAAUGAUUUACUUAUUAUAACAACUUCUAAACGACGAAGUGGAACUUUAACUAAAACAGCAACUACUUCGGUUACUGUCUAUGUUUAUUUUAGUUGUUUUUAUUUAAGAAAUUCUUCAUCUGGCAAACAAUAUAUUGAUAAUGCAAAACAUAAAUUAAUAAUGAAAAUUUCAUUGGAAAGCAUUUAUUUAGCUGCAGGUAUAUUUAAGAGAAAACUAUUCAAAUGA